AUGUCUUUUAUCAAGAAUCUCCUAUUCGGUGGCUACAAAACUUCAGAAGAUCCUACAGGUCUGUCCACAGAUGCCAAUGCCAACACUGACUCUACAAAUAAAGUAGCUGAACCUGUUGUAGAAGGGAAAUUUUACCCCCGUACUUUAUACAAGUUUAAUGGUCAUGACGAUGAAAAGAUAUUUCUAGCAGUAAAGGGUAAAGUGUAUGAUUGUACCAAUGGAAGACAGUUUUACGGUCCAAGUGGUCCAUAUUCAAAUUUUGCAGGUCAUGAUGCUUCCAGAGGGCUCGCCUUGAACUCUUUCGAUCUCGAUACCGUGAGAGAUUGGGAUAGACCUAUCGAUGAUUUAAGAGACUUGAAGCCCGACCAGCUAGAAAUUCUGGACGGGUGGGCAGAACAUUUCGCAAAGAAAUAUCCUUGUAUAGGGACUUUGUUACCUGAACCAGGUGUCAAUGACAAAGUGCAAGAUUCUGAAUAA